UGGUGGGAAUGUCCUACUUCAACAUGGUUUUCCUCGCAAUGUUUGCCAUCUCCGCGUUUCUCAUUCCCGGGGUCCAACGGAAGCUCAUAAAGGAGGUUGACGCGAACAUGUGUACGAUCGAGGACUACAGCGUCAUCAUAACAGACCUCCCGGAUGACGUCAAGGAUCAGGAGCUUCACAAGUUUUUUGAUAAGAAGGUUGGCAAGGUUCAGAACGUCGUGGUGGCGACGAAUAACGCGGAGCUACUCACGCUGGCGUUCGAGCGGCAGAAAGCGAAGGAAUUGUUCCACAUACAGGUGGCCAAGUACAAGAAGGGACGGGAGGAUCCAGACGUGAGCGAUAAAAAAGUGGAGUGGCUUCACGAGGAGGCGGUGAAGGCGAAGAAAGGACUUCGCGCGUGCGACUCUGCCAUCAGGGCGCUUCAAAACGACCGCGGCGGCGACGCGAAACGCGCCAUCUGCGCGUUUGUCACGUUCCAGGAGGAGGCGGAUUUUCUCAAGAUGUUCGACAUGUACCGGCCCGGUAUCUUUGCGUGGCUGUGGCGCCCCGUCGACCUGAGACUCCGCAAGAAACACCGGCUCAGGGUCAAACAGGCGCCGCCGCCUGCGGAUAUCCGAUGGGAGAACCUGCAGUUCAACUGGGCCCAGCGCAGCUUCAGGCAGCUCAACAUCUCACUACUGACCGCCGUGGUCCUGGGCUUGGCGUUCGUCUCAAUCGCGGCGGUGCAGAUGAUGGCGGCGAACGCGGCUACCCCGUAUGACACGGAGGAGUGCCGCCUCAACUGCCACUACGGCACGGACCCGGUGACCAUGGAAAAUGAGGAUCUUCGGAACAUCUACCUCAAGUGCUACGAAGCCGAGCAGGAAGGGGAUCCUAAGAGAGACAUCACGCAGACUCCGUCCCCGCCCCCGCCCCCCGCCUACGGCAGGAGGCUCAUGGCACAGGAUUUGGUUUCGUCGCAGGCGAAUUAUGUCGCGAGCCACAACGGGACCUGCGGCGCCUUUGACUCGUUCUGCUACGCGUGCUACUGCCUAGAGCACAUCUCCGCGGGUUCCGUGCUGGACGAGUCGGAGUACUGCCAGCCAUACAUCUUCGGGUACACCAUGCAGGUUGUGGCUCAAUCCGUGGCGAGCGCCAUCGUGGUUGUCCUGAACCUCCUGCUGAAGCCUCUGCUGGUUUUCCUGGUGCGGUUUGAGAAGCAUCACAGCGCGAGUGGCGAGCAGAUGUCGGUGAUGUUGAAGCUGUUCAUGGCGCAGUUCUUCAACACCGCGAUCUUGCUCGUAGUGCUGAAUGGGUCGUUCCCGUGGCUGAGAGCGCAGCUCGAGGGGACGCCGGUUGAGGGCUUGCUGUUCCAGGGUGAAAUGGAGGAUUUUGUUCCGGCGUGGUAUAACGAGGUGGGCUACGCGCUGGUCAUCUCCAUGGUUGCCACGCCGGCGUCGCAGCGGAUUUUUUCCAUAAUCCGGCUGUUCAGAUUUAAGAUUGGCAAGUUCUUCGCCUCGAGGAACGCCGUGACGCAAGAUCAACUCAACAAGGCGUUCGAAGGGAUGGAGUUCAACCUCGCCAUCAACUACGGGGAGCUUCUGAACAUCCUCUUUGUCACCCUCACCUUUUCGCCCGGCCUCCCCAUCCUGGUGCCGCUUACUUCAUUCGCGUACAUGGUGCGCUACGGCUUCGACAAGUACGAGUUUGCCCGGGUGAGCAAGAUGCCCCCGUGGUACUCCACGAUCCUUGGCAUGGGCGUGGCCCACUUGAUGGCGUACGCGUGCCUCGGGUACCUCAUACUCGCCAUAUGGGCAAACUCCUAUUACACCAUGGCGCCGGACCCAAUGAUCGAGGGGCUCAUCGGCAGCGCGCUCUACGGCUUCUGCGACGCGUGGGAGAGCCUCCCCGAGCCGCUAGCGAGCGUGUUCGGGACGAUGAGCGACCCGAGCGAGAUGGCGAGAAGGGCUUUGCAGAAGAACACUGCAAUCUACACGCUGACGCUCUUCAUUAUCGUCGUGAUUCUGUUUUUCCGUGGGCUAAUCGCGACGAUGCGAAGCAUCUUGGCGGAAAUAUACCCGGCAUACUUCCAGACUGACAAACGACAGGCUGAGGGUAACCCAACAUUCGACCUGGCAAUCGCGGGGUCGCAGCUGCUGGGCGCGAGGACGUAUUCGAUCCGCGAUGCCCCGCAGUAUCAGGCGGCGUUUGAACGAAUCGUUUGGGAGCUGGACGACGGCAAACUGUAACUUUACCAGUAGAUAGAGACUAACUCGAGAUAUAGAGAGCUAAUUUUAGUACCCAAACUUGGCGUUGAGACUCGUGCGACCGUCUCCAGUCUGGCCCUGCGGCGCGGACCACCCAGGCCCGCCCGUGAGGUCGGUCAUGUCGUCUUCAUCAUCCUCGCGCUCGUCAACCGCCUCUGAUCCAAACCUACCACCGCCCAACAGGCGCUGCAGGUCGGCUUGCACCUUAGCUUCAGCCUCCGCGACGAUCUCUUCCUGGGUUUUGACGCCAUCCAGUCCACCCUCCGUCUUGGUGCGUUUGCGUUGGGGCUCUCGUUGGGGAACCUUGCCCGGCGGGGGCUUGCGAAUUUCGAGGACGGAUUUCCGUUUUUUGAUCACGGCAUCAAGGCCGCUCUUUGACGCCGCCUCCUUGAGCUGCUCGGCGGUCAUGAAACCAUCGUCGUCGUCGUCGUCAUCAUUAUUGGUGGCCUCCAGUUUCUCAGUCGCAGGUGCAGGGGCUGGUGCCUCGGCGACGGGCGCGGGCGUGGGCUCGAAGUCCUCCUGUUUCUUCACCCGCUCACCGGUCCUCGGGUCCACCUCAUUACCGG